AUGACAAAUUCUAAGAUCAAGUCCGAUAGCCUGAAACUGGUGUCUCUUAAUGUGAGAGGCCUCAGCAAUUUUCGAAAAUGCGGAGCGAUUUUCACCUGGUGUAGAAAACAAAAAGCAGAUCUAAUAUUUCUUCAAGAAACUCAUUCAACAAAAGCAGGCGGGUACAAAUGGAAAAAAGAAUGGGGCUCCGAGAUCAUUUUCUCUCAUGGGAGCUUGAAUGCCAGGGGUGUUGCUGUAUUAAUUAAAAGGGGUCUUGAUAUUGUUGUUGAGCAGGAACUUCCAAAUUCCAAUGGCAGGUCAAUAGUACUCAAGACGCUGAUCAAAGAUAAAAGAUACCUACUGGCCAAUAUUAAUGGUACUAACAAAGAUGCAGGGCAGUUCGAUUCUACCAAAAUCUGUCGGCAACAUUACGAAAAAUGGAUCCUCGUAGUGAUGACAACAUUGUUGUAGGCGGUGAUUUCAAUUGUCCUUUGAAUCCGACUUUUGACAAAAAAGGUGGAAUAUUAAUUCCACGUCAACAUGUCAUCAACUCGAUAGAAAAU